AUGCGCAGCGUGCUGCUGGUGUUCACGGCGGUGUGGGCAGAAAGCGUGUUCGACAGAUACCGCCUCCGCGUGGCCGGUGGCCCGCGACCCGAGGACGCCUACGACGCCUCCGCGGCAGCUGCCUGGGUGGUGGCCGAGCUGCGAUUCUACUCGGACAUCAACUGCUCGGAGCCGUUGGCCCCAACAGAGCUCAUCAGCUCCCUGGGAGAGGUCAACAAGGCAUUUGAUGCAGAUGCCAAUUCGACCUGGGAGGCCACAUCGGUUUCAGCACCUAAAUUCGCUGUCUUUAACGGCUGA